GUGCCCGUGCUCGACGCUGGGUGGUGUCGCAGUGGGGAUGUGUUGCGGCUGCGGAGGCCCCUGACAGUGGACAUCGUUUCUGGAGCGAGAAGCCUGUAACAAAGCAGGAUGCGGGCCUGCCGGUGCGCCGUGCUGGCGUUUCUUUCUGCCGCGGUCGCCAUACCGCUGCAGGAGCACCUGCGCAUCCAGUCUGCGUCAUCGCCCCAGUCAUCAGCGGCCAGUUCGAUGUUCGGCCAAUUCGGGCCGCCCGACGUCCAGCCGGGCCCGAACGCAACGCCAUCUGCCGGGGGCCACCAGUCUACUGCAGAGCAGCCGGCCGAACGGCACGGGCAGCGGACAACUGAACAGGGCUCUGAUAUCUCUGCUGGCUCCUGCCCUCCCGACAGCGCCUGCGUCCCCGCCUCGCUGUGCUCGUCGGCGGACGCGAUCACCUACGAACCGGACACAAACAUUUAUCACCCGACGUCGCAGUACCAGCCGGCCUUUACACAGAGGUUCACGUGCGGCCAGGAGGCGGCGGGCCGGGUCUGCUGUCCUGCAGCGGCGGUGCAAAGUUCCCAGACUGAUCCCGGCACAAGCAACCCCUUCGGCUUCCCAUCCACCCUCGGCACCGACGCAUUUCAACACCGCGACCAGCCAGACUCUGUCCAGCCUUCUAGCUCUCCCGGGCAGUCGCUCCCGCUACCCCCGCGGCCCUCGGCGAGGCCCGUAUACCUCGAGCGGUCCGAUUCCCCCGGGCAGUCGCUCCCGCUACCCCUGCGGCCCUCGGCGGGGCCCGUAUACCCCGAGCGGUCCGAUUCCUCCGGGCAGUCGCUCCCGCUACCCCCGCGGCCCUCGGCGGGGCCCGUAUACCCCGAGCGGUCCGAUUCCUCCGGGCAGUCUUUCUCAGACGUCCAGUACCCGCCUGCCGUGUCUCAGCAGCCCCUCUCGGGGGGAUCUAGCUUCUUCCCCCUCUCCGGAGGAUCGCAGUCUGGCUUCCAGGGCUCUGUGCACGUUGGGGCGGGCGUCGGAUCGACCGGUCUGCCGCAGUCAUUCGCGGGGCCCCUCCCGCCCGCCCACUCCUUCGCCGGUACAGGUCAGGACAGUGUCCCAGGUCCUGCCCAGAACGGGCAGGGCUUUGGUGGGAUCUCCCAGGGCGAUGGUGCAGGCGGCGUCUCGCAGCACCAGACUCGUGGCGGACUUCGGCAAAAUGGAGGCUUCGGGGGACCUGUCCAGAGCUCUGCUCCAGGAGGGUUUUCCCCGAACCAGGGCUUCAGCGUGCCUCAGAGCUCUGGGAGCUCCCACGUCGGCCAGGGACAAGACGGCCGUCUCCCCAACCAGUUCCCGAGCGGCUUGCCUCACAGCCAGCCGGGCGGCCUUCCGCCACGUCCCAGCAGCCUUCCCCCUUCUCGCCGUCCUCCCGCUCGCCCAGUGGCGCCGCUGCCGGGCGCGGGCGGCCGGCCGCGGCGGCUGCAGCAGGUGGUCGUCCGCGGCCAGCGCCACACCGUACCAGAGUUCAGCUCUCUGCUCCGGCUCGAGGGCGGCGCAGAGGCGUUCGUCACGCACGGCGUGAGUCUGGUGCAGCUGGAGCGGCGCGCCGACCCCGACUUCGCGCCGACCGGGCGCCACCAAAUGGUGCUGCUGAACGGCCAGCGCUACCAGACCGGAGAGUUUGUGUACGUCUCUGACCCGAGUGACGUGCCGAUCCUGUUCACCACCGCCGGCGUGCCCACAUCGUACUCCACCACGGGAGGGGAGCCGGGAGACCUGCAGCCGUUCACUCCGCUGCCGGAGCUGCUGAUGUUGGCCGCUGAGGUCCUCCGGUCGGCUGGAGACACUGCUGUCACGUCUGGAUCUCCGGUGGCGGAAGUGCCCGUGCCUCUGCCGCGUCCGUCGCCGCACGUGCAGCCUCCACGCCUGCCUCCCUCGGCGGCUGUCCCCGGCGCCUCCCAACUGGCCGGCGGCGGCGUGUUCUUCGACACUGACCGGGAUGGACCCGGUGGCGAUGCCUUUGGACGUCCGGACCACGGCUUCGGUGUCGCGCCCGGGCUGGGAGGGCAUCCCGCGCACCCGGGCCUGGGUGCGGCCCAUCACGAGGAGUACCACCCGCCGCCGCCGGCGUACGGCCCCCCGCCGUACAGACACCACGGUCACCAGCAGGGUCGCCAUCCGCCAGUGCACCACCGUCCGCCGCCCCCGUACGGUCUCUGGCAGCCGCAUCCCGCACGUCGGUACCCACCGCCGCACGGGGUUGCGAUCCGGCCUCAAUUCCAGAGGCCGUACCCGCCCCGGCUGAAUCCGCUGCUCCCGUUAUUGCCCACCACCUGCGGGACCCGGGGCCACCUCUCUGACAUCUACGAGUCUGUGUUCGGGGAGUUCUCCGGGCGAAUUUCCUCCGGCUACGGGCUGGAGCCGGGCGUAGCAGACUACGCCACCUUCCCUUGGCACGCGGCGGUGCUGCGGCGCACCUCUCGCCACUCGGAGCGUGGACGGAGGCUGGGCGGUCUGGAGUACGUCUGUGGGGCCACCCUGGUCUCCUCUGACAUGCUGGUGACGGCUGCUCACUGCGUGCAAGGAGAUCAGGAGGAAGGCCUGGUGGUGCGGCUGGGAGAGUACAACCUGUAUUCUGACCAGGAGGAGCUCUAUGGGCCGUACGACGCUGCGGUCCGGGUCAUUCACGUGCAUCCAGAGUACCUGUCGUCUGUGUUCCGGGCGGACCUGGCGGUGCUCCAGCUGGCGGCACCGGUGCCGCUCCAGCAGCUGCCCCACGUGACGCCCGCCUGCCUGCCGGGGCCGGACCUCAGUGACGACUCCACCGUCUGCCAGGCGCCCGGCUGGGGCUAUGACGCCUACAAAACCCAGCUCGAGGACGCGCCGCACGCUCUGAAGGCGGUGACCGUUCAGCCGAUCGGUCCAGAGGCAUGCGAGGCGGGUCUGCGGGAGAGCGUGCUGGGCAAGGAGUUCCGCCUGCAGAGGGACAGCUUCUGCGCCGCCGGCUCCCACGGACAGGACACUUGUCUGGGGGACGGUGGCGGCGGCCUCGUCUGUCCAGUGUACGGCAGUCCGACGGAGAGGUCGCCUGCCAGAUAUCAACUGGUCGGCGUCACCAGCUGGGGAGUCCACUGCGGCGACGGCAAGCCAGGGGUGUACGCGAACGUGCACCAUCACAUACGGUGGCUGGAUUCAGUCAUCAACAGCUCUCCAUUUCGGCACUCUCCGCCGGUCGUCAUCGAUUGAAGACGUUGACGAUGGUGUAAUGCCUUGCAUGUUUGCGUACGAUAUUUGGAUAUCGUUUCUUCCGUCAUAUCACUUCAUUCGCGGUAGAUCUGCACCGAUCAUCUUAAUACACGUGGAGAAAGCUGGGAAGUUGGUGCGAAAAUUGCAUUGAUCACUGAUAGCGGUUCAUUUGCGGCCCGACCACCCAGCUGGUAAGUAGUGGAGAGGCUCGCCGCUGCCUGCCUGCGCCUGCGGCGAUCAGCUGUGAUGCAGUGCGUGUGAUCCAGCGCAGUGCGUGUGAUCCAGUAAGCGCGCCCGUGCUGCUGGCUGCAUUGGCCGACGAUGGAGUCAAAGCGGUGAGUGUUUCCCACUAUGAUUCCCAGAUGCAUUUUUGAGUUUCCAAGUUGCGUAACUAUGUCCCUUUGUCCUUAAUUCCCUUGCAUGCCUGCAUUGCGGGAUAUCCGGACGUUAUGAGUCUAGUUUUGGCAGUUUCCUAAUACUUAUACUAGCCAGUAGCUGAAAACUGUACCAGCAGCUCGGCGCUUUAUGCUAAGGUCACGUUCUUCUUCCAGGGUUUCCCUCUCUGGACUGUCCAGGGCCGAAGCGGAACUACUGGAAGCAAGCUGCCUUGUUGCAGAAAUUGCCGUUUUUUGCCAAAUUGGUGCCUGAUGGGCAAACCCGGUGCCGGAAACCUGUUUCGUCGUCGGUGCUUCGCCAGUGUCCGUGCAUGACAUCGCUUAGCGGACCUGAACGGCACGGAGGGCACGUAACGGCGAGCACGCUUUUACUGAAGGCUUUGUUCUGGAUGCUAUAUGGGGCUCGAGGUAGUCUAUACACGAGGAGCAGGCGGCCAGCCAUCUGUACCCGGGGUGCAGGUGGCCAGUCCGACCUGUUUGGAAGCUUCCGUCUGAGGAGCUCACACCGGACAGCGUGGCAGCAUCGUGUUGGUGCUAAAGGGUGCAUAAAACUAGAAGCUUUUCUGGAACUCGGCAGUGACCAUUUAAACCAGACGCUGGGCGGGCGUACUGAAGAAUACACGGAUAGACGUGCGCUCUGUCUGUGCGGCAUGUCCUGACGACGCCCUUGGCAACGGUGCUGGCGAACGGACUUGCCAGCGUCAUUCAUCUCCCUUUUCAGGCCGGGCUGAAGCAAGAACGCGGGGACCAGUGCCUCGUUUGCCAGCGUCGGAAGCUAUCGGAGGCCCGCGGCGUUUGCGAUGAAGAAUGCUGGGCAAAUCACUGCUUCUGCCGGGUUAGAACCGUCCAUCUAAUGAGGUGUGCUGGCGUGGGGAUCUACGCCGGCCUGGCUAUGCAAUUGACCUGUACUCUGUGAUGAUGCACUGCUCGCUUCGCAAUUGCAGCAAAUCAUAGGUGGUUCCAGCUGGUGCUAGUCCAAAUUGCCCGCCUUGUUAUUUAGUUUGAUCCAUGUUAUGUUUUGUUAGUCGUGUUUGUGCAAAACUUGCUCGGGAAGCGAGCCAAUUAGCCACCUCUAGCUCGUGAAAAGUGGCCUACAGGGAGCCAAAUCGUGUGAACUAUCUGGCAUUGCACUAGGGGUGUCAAAUUGGCUUGCUUCAGCUAUUUUGACUAGUUUUAAGAGCGCUCUAUAGAUGUGAUCAUCCGUGAUAAGCCAAUGGCGUAGCUCGCGCGGAGCCGUUCCGGUACAACUCGCGUUCAAGGCCCGAGCCUGAGCUACGAGUGGCUGCCGGACGGCUCACGGACGGCCGAGCAGUCAUUGGCUCUGUACAGACUAACCUUAAGGACCUGUAAAUUUUGUGCAUAAAAUCGGGCUGCAAGGAGUCCAUGCAGGACAUUUUCGGCUUUCGCUGAGGGCUACGCUGCAAUUUCCAAACAUACCUUGCAGGCCGGUUUCCAGAGCACCGACCACCCAGUUCAAAGCAAUUUAACCAGUAAACCCCCGACAGGGACCGAAAGCUGCGUGCCACCUCGCUCCCCCGGGGUGGUCGGCCGCGAUCAGGUCACUGUCUGGGGAGGCCGAUCUUUGAAGAGCUGCUCUCUGAGAGAAUCGUGGACCCAGUUGUGUUACCCUUGUACUGGGGGAGCUGGUCAUCGGUCUGCGUGGUCUGUUUCAGAGCCUGUGGUAACGUGGGGCAUGAAACGGACGGCCGAGUCAUCUCUCCCCGGUCAGAUGAAGGUUUGACCGCCGUGACCGGUGACGUGACUGUACGGCGUCUGCGAGGACUAUGUCGGGGCUCCGGAAAUUGCGGCAAAGGACGCGGCUCGGUCGGACAGCCCGCCGAUGUCAUCUCGGCGCGGGGUGCCUCCGGUCCUCCACUAAUAGUCUCUGGGGUCGGCCUGUACUGGGCUCUGUACUGAAGGGACCACCGCGGCAGCGGCGAAGGUCGCCGCCCGGGCAAGCGAUGGACGUGGAGUGUUGGAAGUGGCGGUGUGAACGUGAGGUUGAGCUUGAAAUGGUCGAUAGUUUCGUGUGAGCGGGACGCGGCCGCCUUGCCUUUGCCCUUACCGGGCACAGACGGCGGAGCGGAGAAAUCUGACUGCAGUUAAUGGCAUGCACGCACGGCCGCGCAGAGCUUGGGCCAGUGAGCUGGCGCUGGUUACACGGGGAACUGCGGUCGCAGACGGACGCAGUUGUUUUGCCGUCUGUGAUGUAUGCUGUGAGCUAACGGGAUGUAAGUGAUUAUUUGGGAGACUAACUGAACGUUGGGUAGGAAUAUGUGGCCGGUCUUGACCGUACUGGUUCAGCUUUAUCUCCACUGAAUGCCGUUGAGCCCCGCCCGCCACUUGGCAAAACAGCGCCGCUUCUGUAACUGCGAUCGCGACUGCCGGGGGCUGUAAAAGGCUGUUGUGUGGAGUGUAGCUCUUCCGCCUGUGUGUGUCCUGCAUGCGUCAUUUGUGUGUCGAGCUGGCACUCUCUAGCGGCCGCCUAACUCCGGGCGAAAAUACACUCAU